CAUCUGUAAAACUAUAUCUGCGAUGUGAGGUCUUCAUCAUGGACGGAUGAUUGGACGUGUGCUCGAGGAAUGCUGCUGUUGUCCUACAUGAGCACACAUGAGAAAUGAAGCGUGCGAGUUGGAGCUGUCACAGCCCCACGUGGGUUCAGCUGGCCAUCGUGUCGUACAAGAGCUGCUUGUUUGGUCUCAACUAAUGGAUGAAUCCAGUGCUGCGUUACAGCAGCACUUCUCUGUUCGGAGGACCUCUGUGAGGGUCAUAGAGACGUCGUUUCCAACACCCUGAGAACGGUUGAAUGCGGUUUUAUCACAAGAAGAUGGGUUUCUUCGCAAAGGUGUUGAAUCAGCAGCGAUAGCAGAGUAAACAGAUCAAAUGUUGAACCAGCACUCAUCGGAGACCAUGAUGGCCGUCAUCUGGACCCCGGGAAUGAACGAGAACAAUCCCCAUGAUGAGACCCUGCAGUACCUGCUCAUUCUGUGCUCCAAAGUAACUCUGAACACAAUUGUUCUGACUUUCUGGAGGCACAGCAUUCUCAAGUCACUCCUGGGGAUCUGCAGUGUCUCUAUGUACGUGGCAGACAUGCUGCUGCUCAGUGCUGUCACCAGCGUGUGGCUCGUCAAAGAAAACCUUCCCACCUCUACCUCGAUGUGCUUCAUCCUGGCUCAUGGAUCGACUGUCUACGCCCUGCUUCCUCUACCCAUACUCAUUGCUGGGGCAUUUGACUACGGCAGUUACCCAUACCAAGAAGUUAACUUAAGCUCUCAGCGCAGGGCUGUAAGUUACUGCAUUGUGGUAGUGCUUAUGUGGACAUUAGCGUGCGGUUACACCUACAACUACACGGACACACAACCUAUGGAGAUUUACAAAGACAACGUCAGACUCCUGGUGUGUCGUGUUCAUGGAUCUAGUGUAGCGUUUCAAUUUAGUAUGCAGGUAUCGAUUGCAGUGGCUCUUAUAUUACUGCUUUAUUUUAAGAAGAUGAUUGGUUGGAUCAGAAGAGCCAAUAAACUGGCAGCGAAAGAUCAAAACUUCCUGAACAGUCAGGAUGGGGGAUGUGGAAAUUCUGAAGUUGAAGAAAAUUCCACUCCUCUAUUUGUCAGUCUGACUCUAGGUUUUGCAUCGAACUGGAUGCCCUACCUGUUGAUGUGUUUGGCAUGUGCCUUGAUGGGAUUUGUGGUGCCAGCUUAUGCCAGUGUCAAUCUUCUGUGGAUGGCCUGCGCCAACAGUGUACUGGUUGGCAUUGCCUUUUGGUUUAGGAGUGAUGGGAGUGGACCUUUAGGAAAAUUUCCAGAUGACACUUGUUUGUGGAAAAACUACUGGCACUUGAGCAAAGGAACUUCACCAACCGUGGACGCAAAGCUUACCAAAAGAUUAUACAUAAUUGUUCACAAGCCUGCUAUGACUUCUCAAGAGAUCUAGCCUAAAAUGUUUAAAUGCUGGCAUGAUACUCUGUCUUGCAAUCAUACAUGUUAUAAGCAAGUUCAAAUCUAUAGUAGUGUUGUCAAAAGUCCAGAGUCUACCGACCGAGAUACAUUUGAAAUCUUAAAAACACUAAGGUUUGAGCGCUGUUGAGCAGAUUCUUAAACAGCGCUGAUUGGUCAUUGUUUUCAUGUGCUCAACAGAUACGCCUGUGAUUGGCUUCAGAUCCAUUUAUGUGCAGAAAUAUUAGGGAUCCGCUGAUGGAUCCAUAUUAAAAAUUUCAGUACCGAAUGGUAUCGCAUUCGAAUGGAAGAGCAUUAAGUGAUGAGCAUUGAAGCCAAUAACAAAUGUUGAGCACGUGAAAACAAUGGCCAAUCAGCACUGUUUAGGAAUCUGUUUAACAUGCUUUUGUAUUACAAACAUUUUGAGUUCCUAGAAGUCACAAUGAGAGACAGAUAUAUAUAUUGUGAUUUACCUCUGAGUGUAACAUAAUUACUGGGGAAAAAUGUAUAAUGAAGACUUGCUUUUAUACAAUGAUUGAAUUUUGAUGUGGGUGUUCACUCAAAAAUGAGUGAAUGGUUUAUUUAAUAAGACCAAAUGAUUGGAGAUGUCGGGCAUACAUCACCAAAGAGAAGUCAUUUUGAUUAAACAUUAUGACAAGGUGAAAGAAGUAAAAAAAAUAAAAAUUAAACAUUUGAAACAAACAUGGCUCAGUCACAGUAAGAUCUAUGCAAAAUACUUGCAGAAAAAUGGUGCUACAUUCACAUGUUGCGCCUAAAAUUGCAUGGAAAACGCUAGAUGCUUUCUGCUUUUUCCCCAAAGAGUUCAGGCACCUGCUAUUGCUAACCAAUCACGACCAGCACUCUUCAU